AAUUUAAGGACUUAAAAAAAACGAAAAGAUCAUACAAAAAUCUACAGAUGUCGUCAUUUGGAAAAGGGUAUGUAUUAGAAUUAUUACGCCCAUCACAAUCUUGACCGCAGAUAUCUCACCCUGCACCUCCAAUCUCAACUCUCGUAGCUUCUCAGCUCCCAUCCAAUUCGACUUUUAUUUGAAUUCUGUUUCGGAUUUGGAACCCAGUGUCUGUUGAAGUUUGAAACUGCUGUGUUUCUGCGCGUUUUGAGUGUUCUUGAUCUGAAUUAUAGGAAUUCUGGGAACCCGUUCCUUAAAGUUCAAAUCUUCAUUGGCGUUCGCGAUUUCCUGGCUUAGUGAAAGAUAUUGUUGGGAGGUUUUCUAUUGGUUGUCCCGUCACAAAGAUGGAGUCAGUUUCUAUCCAAAAUCAGACCAAAAUGCGGUCCACAAAAGAAGAUCUUAUUCUCUCUAUUCUUCCGUUGUUGAAACUCAUUUGUCUCGCUGUUAUUGGGUUAAUUCUUGGCCACCCGAAAACGCAACUUAUUCCAAAAGCUACUUUCAAGCUUCUCAGCAAGCUUGUUUUUGCUUUGUUCUUGCCUUGUCUGAUCUUCAUUCAUCUUGGAGAAACUAUAACUCUGCAAAAUUUCGUGCGGUGGUGGUUCAUACCGGUUAAUGUUAUUCUUAGUACUGUUAUUGGUUGUGUGUUGGGGUUGUUAGUUGCAAAAAUAUGCCGGCCCUCUCCAGAAUACUUUAGAUUUACAAUUAUUAUGACGGCUUUCGGAAACACGGGCAACCUUCCUCUUGCUAUUGUUGGAUCAGUGUGCCAUAGUGCUGAGAAUCCGUUUGGCCCGGAAUGCCACAAGACUGGGACGGCUUAUGUGUCUUUCGCCCAAUGGGUUGCUGUCCUUCUUGUUUAUACUCUCGUUUACCACAUGAUGGAACCUCCGAUGGAGUAUUAUGAGGUUAUUGAAGAUGGUACUGAAAUUCAGGAAGAAGCGUCCACAAAUGAUCUCAGUAGGCCACUUCUUGUGGAAGCUGAGUGGCCUGGGAUGGAAGAUAGAGAAACCGAGCAUUGUAAAACACCUUUAAUUGCAAGAGUUUUCCAGAGUGCAUCGAGCCUAUCACAAAGUUCUAUUCCUGAACCUGAUUCCUUGGAGGAAAAUGAUCCAGCUACUGCGCCACGAAGUCCAAAAUCACUUAGAUGUUUAGUAGAGCCUCAGAUGGUGAGAAGAAUUAGAAUUGUUGCCGAGAAGACUCCUCUCCUACACAUUCUUCAGCCGCCAACAUUUGCUACACUAUUAGCUUUCUUUGUUGGAAUGGUCCCUCCUGUCAAAUCUGUUGUCUAUGGUGAAGAUGCACCCCUUUCAUUCAUAACAGAUAGUUUAGACAUUUUGGCUGGAGCAAUGGUGCCGUCAGUAAUGCUUGUUCUUGGGGGAAUGCUUGCUGAAGGGCCUACUGAAUCUCGGCUUGGCAUUCGAACUACAAUUGGCAUAGUUGUUGCAAGACUUUUGGUACUUCCCUUGGUCGGUAUAGCGGUUGUUUAUUUGGCCGACAAAUCAAAAUUUCUGAUCCCUGGUGACCAAAUGUAUCGGUUCGUGCUUCUGUUGCAGUACACAACACCAAGUGCCAUCCUACUGGGAGCUAUUGCAAGCUUGAGGGGUUAUGCAGUUCGUGAAGCUUCAGCUCUCCUCUUCUGGCAGCACGUCUUCGCCGUCUUCUCUCUGGCAAUAUAUGUCAUUAUUUACUUCAAAAUGCUCCUUUCCUACGUUUGAGUUUUGUUGUUUAUGAGGACCUUGUUUCCUGACUCAUUCUUACAGUCACUAAGAAUCCUUCGAGGAAACAGUUGGGUUAAUGUAGUAACGAGGAGUUGAACAAGCAUUUACCAUCAUUUGCAACUGGGAGAAAUACUUUGGUGUGUGGCAAUAUUUCCCCUUUCUCCUUUUGCAGUCAAGGGUGAUUCUUUUGAAGUCAUGAGAUUUCAAGUUUCAGUACAUUCACUGCUGAGAGCUGGACUCUACAACUGGUGCAUAUUUGUAGACCAUUUGAUGUAAUCAAGUGUUCCAUAUUGGUUGUAGAUAAGAAGUUCGUAUGGUUUA